AUGGCGGCCGCCGGUGUAAACGUGGAGUCGUCGGCGGGGAGAAGGGAGGCGGAGAGUAGGAUAAAGGGCCCGUGGAGUCCCGAGGAGGAUGAUGCCCUGCAGAGGCUGGUGCAGAAGCACGGGCCGAGGAACUGGUCGCUGAUCAGCAAGUCCAUCCCGGGGAGGUCCGGGAAGUCGUGCCGGCUGCGGUGGUGCAACCAGCUCUCGCCGCAGGUGGAACAUCGCCCCUUCUCCGCCGACGAGGACGAGACGAUCGUCCGCGCCCACGCCAAGUUCGGCAACAAGUGGGCGACCAUCGCACGGCUGCUCCAUGGCAGGACCGACAACGCCGUGAAAAACCACUGGAACUCCACGCUCAAGCGCAAGUAUUCCCCCGCAGGGAGCAGCGGCGGCGGUGCCACCGUCGGCGGCGAUCGCGAGGAGGAGAAUAGCGGGGAGCCGCCACUGAAGCGGGCGGUCUCGGGAAUGUGCUUCAGCGCGGGGAGCCCGUCCAGCUCUGACGUGAGCGAUUCGAGCCGGCACUCUACUCCGCCGGCGGAGGCGGCGAGGUCGAGGAUAUUCCGGCCGAUUGCCAGGGCCGGCGGAGUACUGCCGCCGGCCGUGGAGGUCACGUCAUCGGCGAAGCCUACCGCCAGCGAGGAUCCGGCGACGUCGCUGACGCUCUCCCUCCCCGGGACGAGCUCCUCUUCCUCCGCCGCCGAGCACCAUCAGGACCACGAGCGGCGCCGCUUGUCGCCACCGGGGCUGGCGGCGGAGACCCUCCUACACUUUUCGCCCGCUGCGGCGGAAGGGCGACGGCGGGAAUCGCCCUUGAGCGAGGAGCUCCUGGGGGCGAUGCAGGAGAUGAUAAGGAAGGAGGUGAGGAGCUACAUGAUGGGGCUGGAGCAGGGCGCCAUGGUGUUCAUGGAGGACCCGCAGAAGCACCUCGACGCCGUGCGCAACGCCGCUGUGAAGCGGAUCGGGAUUAGUAAGCUCGAGAGUUAG